UGGGGAGGUUAUGGAAGUGGAUACUGAAGAUAAUCCAAGAAAAGACACUAUGGAAGUUGAACUUGACCAUAGUGAAUGUUACGAUAGAGGCAAAGCAGUGUCUUUUAUUAUGAAUCUCAAAGAAAUGCACAGGAUACGGGAGACUACUGCAGAAGCUGUUGCAAAUGGGAUUAAUGGCAUAGUCCAGAAAUACAUCGACAUGUUGAGGAAUAAAGUACAUCAAUGUUUGCAGGGUGCUGGUAUUCCUGAACACAUCAACGAGUUGAAUAAAGUAUUUGACGUUGAACUGCCAUUUCAUGGUGUUGUUGCAUCGCAUGAAAGAAAGAAAUUUAUAAAAGAGGACUUCCUAUAUAUUGAACCAGAACUUGUUCGGGUAGGACAAAGGCUGCGAGUUAUUAGACGGAGAGGAGAUGCUAACCUUGAUGUUGUUAGACUCUUUCUAGUAUGUGCAUAUUACACAAAGUAUUGAACAAUUUCUCCAGAAUGAGGACACACUUGAACUUAUUAUGCAGGAUCCUUUACCUUUUCAUGGCUUUUUUUUUCUGAUAUUAGAACUGGCACUGCAUAUAGACGUAAUGUUCUAUUUCAGCAGAACAGAUUAAGUUUGUCAAUUAUUCUCUAUUUUGAUGAUGUAGACAUUUGUAAUCCUAUGAAUAAGCAAGCUGGAGUGCACAAAAUUGGUAUAUUCUACUACAGUCUUGCAAAUUUUCCUGUAAUUUAUCGAUCUCGAUUACAAGCAACAUGCUUAUUGGAUGUUAUUAAAUGAAGUAUUAUGAAUAAGCAUGGGAUUAAUGUUGUUCUUGAUCGGCUUAAAACUGAUUCAGAAGUACUUUCU